AAUAUUUUUUUUAGUCAGGCAAACAUUUGGGCAGCACCAUGCUGGGGAACAUGUGCAGCACUUUGAGCACAAAGCUUUAGAGCUGAGCGGAACACAGAACUCCUGACCUGUAGUAGUUUUUAUUAAGUGUGGCUGUGUUUGGUGUGCGUGUGCGUCUGUGUGCGCGUGCUGUGUGGAGUCUCAGAAACAUGCCGAAGAGAGCCAAGAAAAACGAGGAGGCUUCUGCAGAAGCAGGCAACGACAACGGAACAGAAACAAAGAAAUCGAAGAAGGCAAAGGAACCCGAAGCCCCAGUUUUAUAUGAAGAUCCCCCAGAUAAGCUGACCAGCAAGGAUGGCCAGCCAGCCAACUUGAAGAUAACCUCUUGGAAUGUAGAUGGCAUUCGUGCCUGGGUUAAGAAGAAUGGGCUUGAUUGGGUGCGUCAAGAGGCUCCAGAUGUGCUUUGUCUUCAGGAGACAAAGUGUGCUGAGAAAGCUUUACCAGCAGAUAUCACCUCUAUGCCUGAGUAUCCAUAUAAGUAUUGGGCAGGCUCAGAAGAUAAAGAGGGUUACAGUGGAGUGGCCAUGCUGUGCAAGACUGAGCCUCUUAAAGUCACUUAUGGCAUUGGAAAAGAGGAGCAUGACAAAGAGGGCCGUGUGAUCACUGCCGAGUUCCCUUCCUUCUUCCUGGUUACUGCAUACGUGCCCAAUGCUGGGCGUGGCCUGGUUCGCCUCGACUACCGCAAAACGUGGGACGUAGACUUCCGUGCGUACCUGAGCAACCUGGACAGUCGUAAGCCCCUGGUGCUGUGUGGUGACCUCAACGUGGCCCACCAGGAGAUUGACCUGAAGAACCCCAAAGGCAACCGUAAGAAUGCAGGCUUCACUCCUGAAGAGCGCGAGGGUUUCAGCCAGCUUCUGGCAGCCGGCUUUACCGAUAGCUUCCGUGAGCUGUAUCCGGAGCAGACCAACGCCUACACCUUCUGGACGUACAUGAUGAACGCACGGGCCAAGAACGUGGGCUGGCGCCUGGACUACUUCGUGCUCUCAGCUGCUUUGCUCCCAAGCUUGUGUGACAGCAAGAUUCGUAAUACAGCCAUGGGGAGUGAUCACUGCCCCAUCACUCUCCAUCUGGCUGUAUAGACAUAUGACCACUUCUGUCAGUAUGCGUUCGCAUUCACUACUUCCUAAGAGCAGUGGGGCUUUUGCUUUUUUUCUAACUUGUGUAGAUUGAGGCAAACUCUUUCAAUAUCUAUAUCUCUUUCCUGAAAUAUUUUACAAGUUAAAAAGCCCAGACCUAUAAUUAGAUCAUUAGAGCUAAGAGGGAACCGAAGGUUGUUUUGAUUCACUGUUUGUAGUUUUGUUGCAGAUAUUAUUCCCAAGAUGUUUUUUUCUUGUUCUGUGUUAGUUCUAAUAUUCUCUCAAAGAAGCCUGACCGCAAAGUAUGGCGUAUGAUGGAGACUUUGAUCUUGUGUAUUUUUCACAAAGCAGAUGUAGAUGAAGCAGAUGUAAUGACAACAUUCUAGUCAUGUGAGAUGGAAACAAAAGCAGAUCCCUUGUACCCCAGCUGAACAACAAAGCAGACUUCAUGUUGCAACUGGAUCAAUUUUCACAAAAGUAAUGAGACAUUACCACCAAAUUUUGAAUUUCAAAAAAAAAAAAAAAAAAAAAAAAAAAAAACACUAGUGAUUCUAGCACUUUAUAGCUCUUAUAGCGCUUCACUUUAUAGAAAUAAUUAAGAAAGACCCUAGGGUUAGGGUCUAACUCUAACCCUAACCCUAGUGUCUAACCCUAACCCUAGCAAGACAAGCUUUCAGACAAAUGACUUUGUAUCGCUGCAUUGUAAUACUGUCAGAAACAACAGAAGGUGAUUGAUAAGAGAGAAAGCUCACUUGGGGUUCAGUUUCAGGUAUGAACUAGUUAAGAUUUGUUAGGUUCAUUUACCAUCAAUUGACAGUUGCUUAGUAAUCAUCUUCACUGUGCUUCCUACCUUUAUUGCAAAACAGUUAGGUUAUUUUUUUAUUCAUGUCUAUUGAAACAAUAAAUUGCUGAACAAAGGCA